CGAGAGAUCGAGACUCGAGAGGCGUCAAAAAUAUUCCCCAGUGUGUGAUGUGGAAGGUAGUUUUCUCGUGCUCCCUUGUCAUACUAGCUCUAUCAGCCACUCUUCACGUCUCCUUUCGCGCCCCACCAGUCACGAUGUCCCGAUCUGCCUUGCCUACUGUGAUGAAUGCCAUUCGCGUGGCCAGAUUCGGUGGUCCUGAGGUGCUGAAAUUGGAGAGCAAUGUCCCCAUGCCUCAGCCAUCGGAGGGCCAGGUACUGUUGCGUGUGCACGCGGCGGGAGUGAACCCGGUGGAGACCUACAUACGCGCUGGCACGUACGCACGCAAGCCAGAACUACCCUUUACACCUGGCAGUGACGCCGCGGGCGAGAUUGCUGAUGUCGGCGCGGGAGUGAAUAAUGUCAAGGUUGGUGACCGUGUGUUCACACGCUCUGCGCAAGGCGCCUACGCGCAGUACGCCCUGGCCAGUGCUGGCGACGUCCAGCCGCUCUCCGCCAAGCUGACGUACGAGCAGGGAGCUGCCCUGCCCGUGCCGUACCUCACCGCGUACCGCGCUCUCUUUCUCCGUGGUGCUGCCAAGACGGGCGAAACUGUGCUGAUCCACGGAGGAACUGGCGGGGUCGGUACAGCUGCCAUUCAGUUGGCAUUGUCGCAGGGUCUUCGUGUGCUGGCUACUGGUGGUACUGACGCUGGACUGGAUAUGUUGCGUACAUUGGGUGUGCACGGCGCUUUCAACCACCGACAGUCGGGCUACACAGAGCAGAUUCAUGCCGCUACAGAUGGCAAGGGUGUUGAUCUUAUUGUAGAAAACUUGGCAAAUGUCAACCUGGAUGCUGAUCUGCGCUUGCUUGCCCUCGGUGGACGCGUUAUGGUUGUCGGCAAUCGAGGUCGUAUUGAAGUGAAUCCGCGCGACCUGAUGAUGGCCGAGGGCGAUGUGCGAGGUGUCAUGCUGUUCCACACCACACCAGAGGAGUACGUUACAUCGUACGCCGCCAUUCAGGCCGCCGUCGACAGCGGCCACGUGCGACCGGUCAUCGGCAAGCGCUUUCCGCUCGGCGAGUCGCCAGCGGCACAUGAUGACAUCAUCAACACCUCGGGUGCGUUGGGCAAGCUGGUACUGACCGUUGAGUAAAGUGCACCCAUCUCACUGUGCUACGAGCAAUAAUUACGGUACUGGAAGGAUCUGAAGAACGAAACGGAAAUCUUCAUCAGGCACACUGUGUGGUACGUGGACGCUGUCCGUUUGGCUUUUCUGAACGCGCAGUGCACGGUUUGGUGUGCACUUGCCGUUCAAAUGGUUGCUCCGGCAGCUCUCCCGUGUAACUGCCUCACUCCCCGUGUAAGGCUGUGGCUGUGUCCGGGGUGUAAUGUUUCGCUACCCGCAGUACAUGUAGUACUUGAACCGAUUGUGUUUCUUGUGUUUGGACUCGCAAUGCGUUCCACAGGUUGGUUGUAGUUUGCCUUGCUGUGGCUCGUGUUGUAUAUUUGUGUUUGGGUACGGCGCAUGGCCGCCGUACCCAGCUCACUAGACCGCAGCGGUUGUGUAAGUGCUCUUGCUAGUUCUCGGUGGUGUCUCGGUACGUAUGCCGCGCGCGUACGUACGGACGAGCCAGCAAGUCAUUCUAUCUUCUAUUCUUGUCUCCGACUGGUGGCUUGCGUGGCUGCUUUUCCUGUGCACCGACUGUGCUGGAUAUGUGCCGCAUGCGCGGACUUGCCAGCAAGUCAUUCUAUCUACAAUCCUUGUCUCCGACUGGUGGCUUACAACGUUACGUCACUCAACCUGCGUGGCCUCUUUCUUGAUCCCGACUGGGCUGGAGCCACCAGGGCUGUGUGUGGCAGGAGAUCUUACACCAUUUCGUCAACGUAUCUCUGUAUGCGCUGCCCUAUAUUUGAGCACUAUGCAGCUGGAAUACUUUUUGACUCUUAGACUUAGUUUACCGGUUGCAAAGCACUUAUCAGACCCAUAAGUUUUUAUUUAGUUUGUACCAUUGAUAUGAGUUCUCUCGCUUAGUUUCUCCCACAUAGUAGAUAAAUAUUAUAGUUCAAUGACAGUAAUUCGUUUAAAAUACCUAAAACUCGUGCGUGUGUGUGUGUGUGUGCGUGUGUGUGUGUGUGUGUGUGCGUGUGUGUGUGUGUGUGUGUGUGUGUGUGUGUGUGUGUGUGUGUGUGUGUGUGUGAUUCGCGGAGAGGAAGCAGAUUUGUUAGCUCCUGGUUUUCUCUUUGUUGGCCUCCUCCACGGGGCGGCCUUGGCCUUCUGGUCAGGGUCGUCCUUGGGUAUUGACUGGCAGUAGGCUUUUCAUGCCUUGCAGCCGGUUUCGCUCGCGCGGAAGGACAUUCAGUGAGCUGACGACCAGGGCGGGUAAUUUGUUGCCGUCACCGUCUUCUUGCGUCCUUUCCGCAUCCUCCGCAGUGGCGUGGCGAGCCCUCGGAUCAAUCCCCAGCCUGUAACAAUGCAGUGGCGUUCGGCAAAACAAGUGGAUUCCUAGAUGAUAAAGGAUACAGGUCACACUCGCAACAAUUUAUUCCUGCGCGGUGAUAGCUGGAAUUGUGAAUUUGUCGUGUUGUUUGGACCUGAGUGGCCAGUCGUCGUGCGGCGAUGGUGUAGUGAUGUUAGCUUGCUGCGCAUACUCCUCGUCGUUUCGUGAAAGUACGUCUUGUGGAGCCCUUGUGGGACGUUCGGUGCCCACCCUCCAGCUCAAGAUUGUGCUUUCCUGGUGCAUGAAGGCCGAAGCAGUACGCGUACAGACGUUAUUGUUGAACAGAACAUCAUGUUCACAUUAAUUUUGUUCCUUUUUCAGUCGUUGCAUGUUAUACUUAUAGUGGACCUACAGCAGACUGUUCAUCUGGUUUGUGAUAUUUCCUUCCUCUGUUUGCGAGUCCCUUUCCAUCAAUAUGGCAGCUUGUUUUGAUUUCCUUUUUUUCAAUUCAUUUUGCUGUACUUCCUGUUUUGUUUGCGCCACUGCCCCUCACCUUGUGCUCAGUUCUCUGAGUGGAGGGCGGCGUGACCCCAAGGGGUAGCUGAUUGAUAGUAGUAGUAGUA